CAUUCGCAUUGUGUAUAACGCGACCUGUUAUGGCCACCACUACUUCCGGGUUUCGGCAGUCUGGUCCAUAUCCACUCCUCAGUCGCGUUUUCCCAACUAUUCGCACCCAUUGUACACAAACCAACGAGGAGUUGGCGGCUGAGCACAGCAUCGAUCGAGGGCUGCUCCUUUAAGAAAGACUAAGCCUGAAUUAUCACCCCACCUCCUCCUGAUCUUCUUUACAGGGCUUUUGCGUUUUAAAAAAUCAACCCAGGAGCCGAGAGUGAUCAAAAGAAAAACGAGUGAGCUGAAUUUUUUUGUGUGCAUUUGACUAUUCACAUUAGGUGUGCUAACCCGUGGAAGCGCGGCGCGGAUCAUCAUUCAUUCCGGGCUACUUUGACAAGCCUCGGCGUUUGAUUGACAGGCGUGGUGGCAAAAAGCCAUGAGACUUCGCUAGUUUUGUUUUGAGGGGUAUUUUCAUACAAUUUUUUUUGUAAAAUAAGACUGGGGUUUCUCUCCCUAUGCCACUGCCCUGGGGAUAGCUCAGGCCCUAUUCACGGUUGCUUUGGACUGAACUUGAGCUGAAGAGGGCUGGCUUGAAUUCAUCGUUGCCUUUCUCUUGCAAGAAAUACGGAUUCUUGAAAGAUCUCGCAUUUGGAAUUUGCGUUUUUAUUUGUUCUUCACCCUGGCCUCUUAGGGGAUAUAUCCGAAGCGAAAGGAGAGAAGAAGAGAGGGACUAGAGGAGGGAUAUGGCGCAGCGGUACGAAGACUUGCCCCACUACGGGAUGGACGGGGUGGGUAUUCCCACCACCAUGUACGGCGACCCGCACGGUGCCCGCUCCAUGCAGGCCGUCCACCUCAACCACGGUCCCCAGCUACACUCACACCAGUACCCGCACACAGCCCACAGCAACGCCAUGCCGUCCAGCAUGGGCUCGUCCGUCAACGACGCCCUGAAGAGAGAUAAAGACCAGAUAUAUGGGCACCCCCUCUUCCCCCUGCUUGCACUGAUUUUUGAGAAAUGUGAAUUGGCAACUUGCACGCCCAGAGAGCCUGGAGUUGCGGGAGGAGACGUUUGUUCAUCGGAAUCUUUCAAUGAAGACAUAGCAGUGUUUGCGAAACAGAUUCGGGCAGAAAAGCCGUUAUUUUCAUCGAAUCCGGAACUGGAUAACCUGAUGAUUCAAGCCAUUCAAGUUUUACGGUUUCAUCUUCUGGAGUUGGAAAAGGUACACGAACUAUGUGACAAUUUCUGUCACCGGUACAUCAGCUGUUUGAAAGGAAAGAUGCCCAUCGACUUGGUGAUCGACGACAGAGAGGGCGGAUCAAAAUCGGACAAUGAGGAAAUAACAAGAUCAUCCGGGCCUCUUGAUCAGGUUCAUCAAUGCCAGAAGGAGAAUAGUUCAGCCCAUGAUCGACCAGUCUAACCGUGCAGUAAAUCAAGGAGCCCCCUACACCCCAGAUGGACAACCCAUGGGGGGCUUCGUGAUGGACGGGCAGCAGCACAUGGGAAUCAGACCACCUGGAGCGAUGAGUGGCAUGGGGAUGAACAUGGGCAUGGAAGGACAGUGGCACUACAUGUAGUCUUUCACCUGUCAAUCAAUCGCUCAUCAUAUGGGGAAGACUGCAGGGGAUGCCAGGGAAUGACCUGUCUGACGACGGCACUGCGGCCUACUGGGCACCCUCACAUCAAAACCAGGACCCACCACUUCAAAACCAGGACUCCCUCCCAUAACCAGGAGCCUGCUCAGAUGCACAUGGCCCUCCCUUUGGGAGGCACCGCAUUCCCAGGCACCGCAUUCCUGGACAUCCCCCCCACCCUGCUCUGUCCCACCCAGUGAUGAUGAUGCACAGAGGAGGACAUCCCCACCAUCAUGGGCCCAGCCACUCUGCCUAUGCCCCCCUGCCAGCCUCCAGUCCCUAGAUGCCCAUCGCCCAUCCCAGCAGACCCCGACCCCCUACACCCCUUCAUCCUGAACCCUGGACUGCCUCGCCCAGUAGACUCUAAGGGAUUCCUCUUUGAAAAAUAGCGAUUGAGAGACAUUGGGUGUUUUCUCUUACCCAAGACUGAAGACAACUAAAGAGGCACCUGCUAUGUACUAUGGACUCCUAGAAAAACAUCAAAAAGAGACUUCUUUCAGAGAACUGUACCUCCUCCAAGUCUUGACUGGGGAUGGAUUUGGACCAAGGAGAAGCCAAUGUCUGUAUAACACAGAGGUGCCCUUAAAAAUAGGAUUCCAGAAGAGAUGAGAAUGAGGGGAAAGAAAGACAGACAGAGAUUGAAAGGCAAACUAUAUCAACUCCUAAAGGGGAGGGAAGAGGAGAGAGGGGAGAUUCUGUAUACUGUUGUACAAUUACGCUGGACUCUCAAGGAGAACUGGGAAUUGAAGUAUUGUAAAUGCUAUGGUAUUGUUCUGCAUAAUAUGUUGUUUCUAAUCGUUUUUUUGGGGAAAAAAGGAUGUGAACUUCUUGUUUUUUUUCGUUUCUUUCCACACUAUGUGUGUGCUGUCUCUAUGACCUCUGACCUCCUCCCUAUUAAAAUCACCAUGAGUUUAAAAAGAAAAAAAUAUAUGUGAAUAAACCAAUAAUUCGAUCAACCAA